CUAAGUUCCAUCUAUUAUUAUACUCACACUUUAUCCCCCAUGGCACCAGCAAGCUUAACAAUCUAAAACUUAAGUAUCAACUUCCCACUAAGUUCCAUCUUGUAUUAUACUCACACUUUAUCCCCCAUGGCUCCAGCCAGUUUAACAAUCUCAAACAUAAGCAUCAACUUCUCACUAAGUUCCAUCUUGUAUUAUACUCACACUUUAUCCCCCAUGGCACCAGCCAGUUUAACAAUCUCAAACAUAAGCAUCAACUUCCCACUAAGUUCCAUCUUGUAUUAUACUCACACUUUAUCCCCCAUGGCUCCAGCCAGUUUAACAAUCUCAAACAUAAGCAUCAACUUCUCACUAAGUUCCAUCUUGUAUUAUACUCACACUUUAUCCCCCAUGGCUCCAGCCAGUUUAACAAUCUCAAACAUAAGCAUCAACUUCCCACUAAGUUCCAUCUUGUAUUAUACUCACACUUUAUCCCCCAUGGCUCCAGCCAGUUUAACAAUCUCAAACAUAAGCAUCAACUUCUCACUAAGUUCCAUCUUGUAUUAUACUCACACUUUAUCCCCCAUGGUUCCAGCCAGUUUAACAAUCUCAAACAUAAGCAUCAACUUCCCACUAAGUUCCAUCUUGUAUUCAUCAUCUUCUUUAACAAACUUUUCCCACCAUGGAGGGGGAGGCUUCUCUCUUAAUUCCUCAAUUUCAUCAUCAGACU